GAAGGAACUGUCUUGCAGAUUGCUCCAGUACACUUUUGCUGGUGACAUAUUUAUGGUUCCUGAUGAUCCUUUGGGAAGAAACGGACCCAGAUUAGACGACUUCCUUCGAAGUGAAGGCCGUUCUAGAGAUUUUUGGUCAGCAGAAGUGGCUUUACAGAGCAGUGGAAAAUAUUCUUCUGAGACACCUUUCUUCGUGCCAGUCCCCAUACCAACCAGUAGCAGUCGACAGCCUAAAAACAGAGCACAUGGUGAUCGUUCUUCAACGUGGCUUCCGCUGGAAACAGACAUACAGGCUUGUCUAGCAAUUCCACCACCGAGAUCUGCCUCAGAAACAGUACAGCUAAAAGAAGCCCUGAUAAAAAUUUUUCCUGAUUAUGAGCAAAGACAGAAGAUUGAUCAAAUACUAGCUGAUCAUCCCUACAUGAGAGAUCUUAAUGCACUGUCUGCCAUGGUGCUUGACUGAAUAUUAUAUAGGGGUUUUAUAUCACAACUGAUCUGAUUAACUUUGAAUGUCAAUGUGAAGAAGUUGUUGCUCUGUUAGGUUACUUUGUGAAUAUUCAGAACCUAAUUUUAUUUGUAUAAACAAAGAUAUUUUUUUGUGUAUAUCCUGUUGCUAAUAGAUGCCAGUUUUUGGUAAAUUAAAAACUGCUGCUACUACA